AUGUAUUAAGAUAAUCAAACAAUUGAUUUACCAACUUAUUAAGGUCCAAAUAGAUAAUAUAUUAUAGUGAAAGAACUUGGUAAAGGUGCUGAAGGAAUUAUUUAUGAAGCAAAGCCAAAAAAUUAAUAAGAAAAUAAUUAGAAUGUUGCUAUUAAGAAAUAUAAUGAUUUAAAGCAUAAUGAGGAAUAAUUUAUUGAUUGGCUGAUUUAGAAUUAAUAAUAACAUCAAUUCAAUAAUUUAAUUAGAAUCUUUGAGAUGAUUAAUUAUAAUUAGAAUAAAUAUUUAAUUAUGGAACUUGGAUAAUCUAAUUUGGAUAAUUAUCUAUAAGAAAAUUAAGACUUAAAUCAAUCUGAAAAGUUGAAGAUUUGCCUUGAAGUAUUUUUUCAUUUUAUGUUUUAUAGAUUUCAAAAGCAAUUUAAUUUUUGCAUCAAAAUGAUUAUAUUAUUAGGGAUAUAAAACCUUAAAAUUUUGUUAAAGUGAAUAAUUAAUUUAAAUUAAUCGAUUUUGGAAAGAUUAAAAAUUCAAAUCAAGAUAAACUGUAAACUUAUAAUCCUGGAACAAUAUAAUAUUAAGCACCAGAAGCCAACAUAGAGAAAUAUUCUAAACCUAUUGACAUUUUUUCUUUGGGUUGUGUAUUUUAUGAAGUAUUUCAAGGAGAACAAUUGUUUUAAGGUUAAUAUCUAAUAUAAUUUAGGAAAAAAUGAAAAAGAAGUUAAAAAGAUUAAAUAAAAUUAUAUAUCUGAUUAAUCUAACCUAAUUUUGAAAAGAAUUGAUAGUAUUUAAUUAAAAGAAAUAAAAGAUUUAAUUAUUUAAAUGUUAAAUAAUAAUCAAUAAAAUAGACCAGAUAUUAAUAAAAUUGUUGAUACACUUAUUUAAAUAUAAUUGUUGCCUCAAAAAAUUUAACAAGAAGAAUCUUAAAAAAAUGAAAGAAUAUCUAAUACAUAAUAAUUAAAUAAAUAAAAUGUUCUAAAUUAUUAUCAAUUAGUAAAUAAUUUAUUAGAGAUUCCAACAAAAGAAUUUCCAUAAAGGCAAUUUCAUUUAUUAUAAUUAUUAGGAGAUGGAGGAGAAGGAGGUGUUUAUAAAGCAAAACCAUUCAAUGAAACAUUUUAUUAAAAAGAUAUUGCUAUUAAAAUACAAUCAAAAAUUAAAGACAAUGAACUUUCAUUUAUUGAUUUUUUAAUAGAUUAUUAAAAAAAUUAAGAAAAAACAUAAUUUAUGAAAAGCAAUUUGAUUACAAUUUAUGAAAGGUUUGAAUUUCAAGGAAACUAAGGUAUUAUUAUGGAACUUGGCACAAAGGAUUUAUAUUCUGUUUUAUAAAAUAAAUAGAAAUUAUCAGUUUAAUAAAAAGAAUCAAUUAUUUAAUAAGUAAUUUUUUAAUUUUAAUAUAUUAGAUAAGUCAAUCAAUAUCAUUUUUGCAUAAAUAAGGAAUGAUUCAUAGAGAUAUAAAACCUGAAAAUUUUAUUUAAUCAGGUAAUAUAUUCAAAUUAAUUGAUUUUGGUUUAAUUAAAAAAAGAGAAGAAAAUUUAAGAAAUAAAUUGAAUGUUGGAACACCUCUUUAUUAAGCUCCUGAAAUGAUUUUUGAAAAUGGAUAAAAUACUAAUUCUGUUGAUGUUUGGUUUUUAGGAUGUCUUUUUUAUGAAAUAUUCUAAGAAUCACCUUUAUUUGAUGGUAUUUAUUAUUUUUAAUCUCUUUAAGGUAAAACAAAAGAUUAAGUUUCUGAAAAAAUAAAAAUUUAUUGUCAAGAUUAAAAAGAAGUUCAUAAUAAAAUUAAUUAAUUAUAAAUUAGAUAAGAAUUAAAAGACAUCAUUAUAAAAAUGAUUAAUCCAGAUCAUACUAAAAGACCAAAUAUGGAAUAAGUUUAAAAUUAAGUAUCGCAAAAAUUUAACGAACUUGGAAAAUUAAAACCUUAAAAUAGUUUUCCUAUUAUAACUGUAGAAAACACUACCAAUAAAAUUAAUUAAUUUUAAUAGCCUGUUUUUUAAGCUUAAAGUAAAUAAUUUGACUUUUAAAAUCAUUAACAGCCAACAAUUGCACCUGUUGAAAAUUUAUAAAAAAAAUAAAAAUUACAACAAAUUUCUGAAUAACUUACUAAAAUUAUCAAAGAAUAUGUUGACUUAGAAUUUGAAAAUUAAAACAAACAAGCUUUAUUAUAACAAUUGGAAUAACAUAUUGAUCACAUUAAAAAUCAAACAUUGAAAACUCUUGAAACCUGUAUAAAUCAAUUAAAAGAACAGUUGUUAAAAACGAAUAAUUCUUCAUCAUUAACUUAAAAUUAUAAUCUUCAAAUACAAUAAAAAUUUUCAAAGACUUAAAAUCCAAUUUUUCGAGUACAACAACAAACUCAAUAAGGCUUAUAACACACAUUUCCUCCUUAAAAUUAAUCAUAGCCUGCUUUCAGUAUCUUUCCCAAUUAACCUUAAAUGUAGCCUCAAUAAUAAACCAAUAAUAAUUAGCCAAUCCAAUCUAAUUAACCAUAUAUACAAAAAUGCAACCCUAAAAUCAGUUAACCAAAUAAUUAAUAAAUAUAAAAUUAAACAUAAAUUAAAAACUAAUAAAACCAUUAUAACUAAUAAUAAUGCCCAUAACUAAAUCCCUAAUAAAGAGAAAUUCAAAAUGAUGUAAAAUGA